ACUCAAGUUACUUUCUCGACAUUUCAGGCGGAUGAUCCAUUGACUUAUCCUCUUAAUUAUUCGAACAAUACAAAAAAUAAAUAAAAAAUACACUGUAAAUAAUCCGCAUGUUUUAACAUGUAUAUAUAUCCAAAAUGUGUGGUAAGAAGAUAUUUAUCCACAAUGUUCCGUAAAAAUCUCAUUUAAUUACAUUUUGAAACCUAUCAUCAAACUAAGCCUGGAAUAUUUAGUCAAUUAUCUUUUUUAAAAAACUCAACAAAUCCCCUAUCAUUGUGACAAAACCCUUGAUCUCACUCUCUAUAUAUACUUUAUGAUUUUCCUCAAACAUAGUCACAACGAAAUUAGCAUGGCAAAAACAAUCUCUCCUUUAACUCUCGUUUUGUUCUUACUCUUGUCAUCAAUAUCUCUAACCCUAGCGACAGAUUAUCCACUAUUCACAAAGUCGCGAUGGAUCGUAAACAAGAAGGGCCACCGCGUGAAGCUAGCUUGCGCAAAUUGGCCUUCGCACCUCAAGCCAGUGGUAGCCGAGGGGCUGAGCAGCCAGCCAAUGGAUUCGAUAUCGAAGAAGAUAAAAGACAUGGGCUUCAAUUGUGUUAGGCUCACUUGGCCACUUGAGUUAAUGAUUAAUGACACUUUAGCCUUUAAUGUUACCGUGAAACAAUCAUUUGAGAGAUAUGGAUUGGAUCAUGAGCUUCAAGGGAUUUACACUCACAAUCCAUCCAUUGUCAAUAUUCCUCUCAUCAAUGCCUUUCAGGCUGUGGUGUAUAGUCUUGGGAGGCAUGAUGUGAUGGUGAUACUUGACAACCACAAGACCGUACCGGGUUGGUGUUGCAGCAACAAUGACCCGGACGCGUUCUUUGGCGACCCAAAAUUCAACCCCGAUCUAUGGAUGUUGGGUCUUAAGAAGAUGGCCACAAUCUUUAUGAACGUGAACAACGUUGUUGGUAUGAGCCUGAGGAAUGAACUUAGAGGCUACAAUCAUACAGCAAAAGAUUGGUACAAGUACAUGCAAAAAGGAGCAGAAGCAGUGCACACAUCAAACCCUAACGUACUGGUCAUACUCUCAGGGCUUAAUUUUGACGCUGACCUAAGUUUCUUACAAGAUCGUCCAGUGAAUCUUAGCUUCAAGAAAAAACUUGUCUUGGAGCUUCAUUGGUAUUCUUUCACUGACGGUACUGGUCAAUGGAAGUCACACAAUGUCAACGACUUUUGCAGCCAAAUGUUCGCUAAGGAGCAUCGUACCGGUGGUUUCGUUCUCGAACAAGGCUUUCCUUUGUUCUUGAGCGAGUUUGGGACCGAUCAAAGAGGUGGGGAUUUUGAAGGAAACAGGUACAUGAGUUGCAUGUUGGCAUGGGCGGCUGAAAAAGAUAUAGAUUGGGCGGUUUGGGCGCUUACGGGAGUUUAUUAUUUCCGCGAAGGCAAACGCGGUGUACUUGAAGCUUACGGUAUGUUAGAUGCGAAUUGGCACAAUGUUCAUAACUAUACUUAUCUCCGAAGGCUCUCCGUCAUUCAACCACCGCACAAAGGACCCGGUAUAAAGCACAAUCAUCACAAGAAAAUAUUCCAUCCGUUAACGGGACUCUGCCUAGUGAGAAAGUCAUCAUGCUAUGAGUCCGAGCUCAUGUUAGGUCCGUGCACAAAGGGCGAACCUUGGAGCUAUUCUCAUGGAGGCAUACUUGAGAUCAAAGGCGGUCACAAAUCUUGCUUAGAAGGCGAAACUGCGGUGGGAAGAAGUGUGAAACUUGGCAAGAAAUGCACAAAGAUUAUGCAAAUAUCGGCCACAAAGAUGCAUUUGUCGUUGAAGACUAAUGAUGGUUCGUUGGUAUGCUUAGACGUGGAUUCAGAUAACAAUGUUGUUGCUAAUUCUUGCAAGUGUUUGACCGGAGAUAUUACUUGUGAACCUGCAAGCCAAUGGUUCAAAAUCUUCUGAGACAGAAGAAACGAUGACGAUUUUGUAUUACCUUCACAAAGUCAACACAAUCUUUUUGCUGAGAACCCUAAAGCAUUAAUAUAUAUUACUCUCAUUUUCA